GGGAGUCGGAGUUAUUGGAGAGCAGGUCAAGCCCCGAAAGUGACCAAACACUUUCUCUGCCUUUUCCAUGCUAUAUUAGCGGCAGGAGUCCAGUUAUCGGACAGGCCCGUUGAACAGAGAUCGAAUCUUUUCCACAAACACUUGCGACAUGCUUUAAACUAUCUCGGAACGUUUGAAGUAGUUCUGAAUCCGACGAUAGAACUAAUCCAAGGCUUGAUCGUAAUAUCGCAGAUCCUGCAGAACGAUGUGAACCCGCGCGGGGCUUGGAUCCUGAGCGGAAUAACCAUUAGAUCUGCAAUUUGCCUUGGUGUUCACAAGAAGGGACCGAGGCCGGAAAGCUCUCAGCUUUCUUCCGGAGAUGCUGCAAAGCUACGGUGGGAACUCUAUCCAUUUUGCCUGCUUCUUCAUCUUUCUGUUGGCAAUACUGAUUGA